AUGUCGACUGUGAUCGCUGGCUCCUUAAACCGAGCUGGCCGAGCAUCGAUGACGAUGACCGGGAUGCGCAACAUCCGGCGACAAUCUACGUUUGCUAAGAGGUCUCUAGCGGUAAGCCUUGUACAAAAUACCUACAUAUUGGGACGAAAUGGCGGGCUUCUAUCAUCCACAGCCUUUGAUGAGUGUGUUGGUGCUUGGGGACCUGAGUAUUAUUCCUUUGACGGCGUUUCCAGACCGCUGACCGACCCUCUUCAUCACCAGUCGCCGCGCUCGGUAACUUCGCUCUGGCAUGGAAACUCGUCGUCCCCAUCCACCGCCUACCCCGUUUCGGUCUCUACACCUCGGUCUCUGUCAACAUGGGCGACGAGGGGCCGCCUCAAUGUGAUUCGUGACUCUUCCAAACUUCUUCGGCUCACCGGAGUCCAGCAGCAAAGAUUCUUGUUCGGCGGCCCUUCGCAGAGUAUGCUAGCUCAGAAGGAGAAGACUGCAAACAACAACCCGAGUAGCGCGACUGCGCAGAAUAACUUCUACCAGGCACUCCUCCGCGCAAACAUGCCCGCAUUCAUUAUUGAACGGUACCGCAGUGGCCAGUUUGCCAGCAAUGCCGCAUCUGAGGCGAUAUAUACCAAGGCUUUGGAGCGGGCUGGCGAAUCAGGUGCGCUGGGUGGUCAGGGACAGAAUCUCAACUCGGAUCAGCUCCAGGCUAUCGGUCAGGCUGUCGCCGCUCGUUCUCAUGGUGGCCAGAUUGGCAUGGCGAACAAGCCUAAUGGAACCGGUGCAAAGGAAGCCCCUCUCUACGUUGUAGUCGAGGAGUCUCUUGGCAACACCGUGUUCCGCUGGGUCAAGUUCCUGCUCAUCUUUGGUUUCUUUACUUAUCUGUCUCUGGUCCUGGUCACUAUCUUGGUUGAAACGACUGGCGUCUUGAAAAACAUCCGUGGUCAACAGAAUAACGAAGCUCAGCCCGAAAAGCAAACCGUGCGUUUCAGUGAUGUCCACGGUUGCGAUGAGGCCAAGGAUGAAUUGCAGGAGCUUGUCGAGUUCUUGCUGAACCCGGAACGCUUUUCAUCACUCGGUGGAAAACUCCCUAAAGGUGUUCUCUUGGUCGGUCCUCCCGGUACUGGUAAGACUCUGUUAGCCCGCGCGGUCGCCGGCGAAGCAGGUGUCCCCUUUUUUUACAUGUCCGGCUCCGAGUUCGAUGAGGUCUAUGUCGGUGUCGGUGCUAAGCGUGUUCGUGAUCUAUUCACACAAGCCCGCAGCAAGUCCCCGGCAAUCAUUUUUAUCGACGAGUUAGACGCCAUAGGUGCAAAGCGAAACGAGCGUGAUGCGGCCUAUGUCAAGCAAACGUUGAAUCAGCUUUUGACUGAACUUGACGGAUUUUCCCAAACGAGUGGUGUCAUUAUCAUUGGCGCCACCAACUACCCACAGCUGCUCGACAAGGCUUUGACCCGACCCGGUCGUUUUGAUCGCAAGGUUGUCGUUGGUCUUCCAGAUGUUCGCGGGCGCAUGGAUAUUCUGCGUCAUCACAUGAAGAAUGUACAGAUCAGCACUGAUGUGGAUGUUGCUGUCAUUGCCCGCGGUACUCCUGGUUUCUCUGGUGCCGACCUCGAGAAUUUGGUCAAUCAAGCCGCAAUUCAUGCCAGUCGCGACCGCAAGCCCAAGGUUGGCCCCUUGGACUUUGACUGGGCCAAGGACAAGAUCAUGAUGGGCGCCGAGGCUCGCAGCCGUAUCAUUCAGGACAAGGAUAAGCUUCUGACUGCCUACCACGAGGCCGGUCACGCUCUGGUCGCAUACUUUUCACGAUCCGCUACGCCUCUGUACAAGAUCACUAUUGUCCCGCGUGGCAUGGCCUUGGGUAUUACCCACUUCCUGCCCGAGAUGGACACUGUUUCCCGCAACUAUACCGAGUAUCUUUCCGAUAUUGAUGUGGCCAUGGGUGGCAAGGCUGCCGAGGAGUUGAUCUUCGGAGCAGACAAUGUCACCAGCGGUAUUUCAGCAGAUAUUCAGCAAGCUACCGAAACAGCGUUCACCUUGGUCACUCGAUUCGGUUAUUCCAAGAAGCUUGGAAAUGUCGACUUGUCAACCAACUACGAUAGUCUGUCAUCAGAAACUAAGCAGGAAAUCGAGGGUGAAGUGCGACGUCUCGUUGAGGAAGCUCGUGAACGCGCCACCAAGAUCUUGACGGAGAAGAGAGAACAACUUGAAAUCCUUUCCAAGGCUCUGAUCGAGUACGAGACCUUGACAAAGGAGGAAAUGGAACAGGUGCUUCGAGGCGAAAAACUAGAUAAGAUGUCUAGUGCGCCAGAAGCCCCGAUCAGAAUACCCGACGCUUUGCAGGCUGCCGGACUCAACGCCCACGCCGCCGAUGUAUCUUCCGUGGCCUCGAAGUAA